GCAUGGGUAGUAUAUCUGUUUGUAUGAAGAAAAAAGCAACUGAAACAAUGAAAUAAUUGUCAAAUAAGUGAGUUUUCCUUAACAAGUAUAAAUAUAUAUUAAUGUAGUACAAUUUCUUAUAUGGUCAGAACGUUUCCUCUUUAUAACCUCUGAUAACUUGAUAAUGAAAGGGUUUUUGAGUAGAGGGAGGGUCCUGUAGUUUCUUCCUGUCGUCCAUCUCCUUUAUAAGGAGAUUACCUAAAAGCCUGACAGCCAGAGCGUCCACGGUCCUUCAGAAGUGUUCUUCCACGUUACCUUGUCAAACAGUGAUUAUGCCUAAAGGAACCGAUAUCAUGGACACAGCGAUAUCAGUUGCCAGUGAAGUUGCUGGAGUCCUUCCAACACACCGUCAGUGCUCCAUUCAGAUCAAAAAUAAAUGCUCAAACUACACCCUGUCUUUCCCCAGUCUACACAUAAACAGUGGUUGGUGCGUGGAGAUGCUGCCACCCACAAUCGACCCCUCUUCAGAUGGGAAGGGACUGUUCAGCAAGACUGCCGACACUGCUCGAGGAGCUGUUGGCGUCUUCACCUACGAUGUCGUCAACAAAUCUACAAAGGAGGUCACUGAGAAAAUAGCUGUCAUGUUCUCCGUGCCCUAUGACUUCAACUUCUAUUCAAACUGGUUUGCAGUGGGAGUCUUUGGAAAGGACACAAAGUGUGAUCAUGAUCUGUAUCAUAACAUGUACAACAACGAAGAAAACAAAUUUUCCAGAAAGAAAGGAGGCUGUUGUGUCAGUUACAAGAAUGAUCGAAUUACCAUCUUGGCUACAAUGUCAGACUCUUUCCAACCUGAUAUGAAGGUUGAAGUAAGUGACAGCUGAAAUAAGAAAAUGAACAAGUGCUAAGAUGUAGCGCAAACCUGGAGCAACUUAAUACCACAUUUGUGCAAUUCAAACUGUAUUCUGCUUCGCUUUUUAUUGAAUGAAUAAUUUUCUCUUGUAAUUUGCCUCGGAGCAUGAAGAAUCGGUAAUGGCUUCUGUGUUAUAGAAACUGGAAACUAGAUUACUGUGAUUUCAGCUGUAAUGUCUUGUGAUGAAGUAAACUGUGUUAUAAAUUGCUUUUAUUUUUUCACUGUAAAGCUCAAACAUUCAGUAAAUCUGCAAAGUCA